UGAAAGAAAAAUAUUUAGUGAUUUAUAAUACAUACGGUUCGCGUGAACUAUCUUUUAAUCUAAUAAAUAAAUGUUGUGUUCUACCGCAUAAAUUGAGUUAUGUAGAUUCAAGAUUGCAGUGUUUAAAAUAUAAUUUCGUGAAUAUGGAUGUGUCAGGCGCUGCAAAAACGCCAAACGCAGGCCUUUCGUUUAGAUAUAAUGCUAAUAAUGAAGAGCUAGAGGAAUUAUUUCAAGCUUGUAAUGAGGAUCAACCACCACAAAUCACAGAUACUUCAAUAAAAAAUGAGAAUGCUAGCCCAAAGAAAACAGAAAAAUCAUCUUCUAUCAUAGAUAAAUAUUUUAAAUCCAUGAGGUCUGAAAAACCUGUAGAAAAAGUGGAAGAUGUAAAAUGUGAGAAGCCACCAGAAGAAUCUAAGACUCCAUCUAAAGAUGUAACAGCUUCUCCAAUGAAAGAUUAUCUAAACAGGCUUGGUAAAAGGAGUACAUCAGAAAGUUCUGAUGUGAAAGAACCUAAUGAAACAUGGAAGAUAUUUCAUGAUUUCAAGUUUAAGAUAGCCCAAGCUGUUGAGGAUAUGAAAACUCGUUCAGUUGAAGAAGGAAAAGAAAAGUCAUUAUUAAGGGAGAACUCCACAUCAGACUCGGAGGAAAAUUCAGCUGUAAAAGAUUUAGAUCAACAAAGUAUAGGUGAUACUGAUAACCAGGUAUCAUCUCUUGAUAGCAGCCUACAAAACUUAUCAGAAGUGACUCAACCAGUAACUGCCAAGGUUAUAGAGAAAGAAAUAUGUGAUAAUGGCAACACGAAAAACCAUUCUGAUUCUAGUGAUGACACGCAGAAGAACUUAAGAAUAAGUGAAACGGAAUUAACGAAGAAAGUGUUAAAUGAUAAUAGUUUUGAAGUUGAAUCUGGUAUUGAAGCUUUAGAAGAUACAAUAGAUUCAUAUGGGGAUUUGAAUUCAGCUGAAAAUGAUAUACCUGUUGAAUUAAACUUCAAUUUACCAACUCCAGUACCGCCGUCUAAUUUUGGCUUGCCGCCAAGCAAGAACAAUCUUCACAAGCCGGAUUCUCAACAAAAGGAAAAGAAGACUUACUUCCUCAACUUUACAAUGUACUUUUUAACUAUCCUAUUAUUAAUAAAUUAUUUAUUAUUUCCUAAUGCAAAUAUUUGGAAUGGAUUUUGGUUAGGUAUAUGGGUGUUUAGUGUUGUGUGUGAAGUGAAACGGUGGGUACUGGACACAUACUUCAGUGAAUGGGAACCAAGUAGUGGUAGUUUCAUUCAGUUGAAGAGGAGUAGUAUGACUCCUGUCGCAUACACCAUACCAUCAGUCAAAGAACAUACACCCUUAAAAAAGUAUGAGGGCUGGAUUAAUCACUACAGGUUUCCGAGCUACGACCCUACCACCUACCAUAUAAACCAAACGACGACAGCAUUUAUGAAGUUGGAGGGCUGCAAUCUGCGAAUAUCGUACACGCGGACGAAGAUUGCGAAACGAGCUCUUUGGGACGAGAAAAUAGAUAAAGUGAACUUCUACCAGCACCGUCUGUACAACCUGACCAAUGCCAGGGUCAUACUGCUUCCAAAGGGACUUGUUAAAAGACGGCAAUGGAGCAAAAAAUAUCCAAUUUGCAUAAUACUCAGCGAAAAGGAGAAGAUUCAAGUACUGGAGAAGGAAAGCUCGAUAGAGAAGAAAAUGCCGGACUCGGUGGAUAAGAAGAAAGAGUCGAUGUUAGAAGUUGAGUGCGCGGAGACUAAUACAAGCCCGGAGAAGAAGAAGAAGUUUAUCUGGCGACGGAGGGAGAAGAGUGCAUCUCACGAACCGGAACCAGGUAAAGAAGGACUUCGACACAGAUUGGUCAGAAAAAUGCACAGAGACAAAAAAACCGACAGUGUCUCUACGCUGACGGACAACGAGGGUCCAGGGCUGAGUGACAAGACCACCCAGCAGGACGACACUCUGGAUGGCGAGGACUUGGGCACCAAGUCCACCGCCAGCACCAAGGAUGACGAAGACGACAUCGAUGACAACGAACUGAGCAAGAUCAAGGAGUUCCUGGAGCAGACGGAGUUGGACCCAGUCACAGAAGGACCAGUCGAGGGUGAAUGGAGUGUCCACGUGAAAAAGUCGAAGGACAAUCAUUCACACCUCUAUCUGUUCGCCAGGACCGGACGUGAUAAGCACGAGUGGUUCCGCCGACUUAUGACGGCAAUAAGCGACGCGAACGUAUCAACCGAUAGCUCCAGCCACGACGACAAGAACAUCAGCGAUAGCCCCGCGCCAGAGAAGGAACCCAUAGAACUUGCGGUUUACAAGAUCUCUGAUAAGGAGACUGUUGCUUUUGGAAAGUCAAAAACUGCAGAAUCGAUAUCAGAUGGUGCGAGUAUAGCUACACCAGCCCCUGCACAUCCACUGCCGUUCAGCUUGGAAGCCUAUGACAAAACUUUCUGGCCGUACAUAUUGAAAAUCAUACAGACGCACGAAGUGAACACAAAACAAACGGCGGACGUCGGCGUCAUGUGUCAGUUAGAGCCGUCGCCGCACGAAAAGGGCAAAAGUAAAAGGAAGAGAAAAGACAGUCAACCAACGUCACCUGACUGCGAUUGUAGAACGUUGCCUGCUGAGGUGACGUGGGUGAACACAAUGCUGGCACGAAUUAUGUAUGACGUCAUGAGAGACCCAAUACUCAUUACCAGGCUACAGAAUAAGAUACAGAGGAAAUUACACACGCUCAAGCUGCCGUCGUUCAUGAGCCCGCUGCUGGUGACGGAGCUGUCACUGUCGGGCGCGUGUCCGCUCGUGAGCGGCGUGGCGUCGCCGGCGUGUGACGCGCGCGGCGUGUGGCUUGACGCACAGCUGCGGUACGACGGCGGCGCACGCAUCGCAAUCCUAACGCAGAUCAACCUGAUGAAGCUCAAGGAAAAGAUCUCCACAGAUGUAACCCUCGAAGACCAACUGUUGGCAGACAACAUCGUAGACCACGACAUGAGCGUACCAGUGACCAGCAUCCUUCAGACAGAGAAGCAGAUGAGGAACUUGAAGCCGGCUGUAUAUGACUCGGAUGUAGAAGACUCGGCAGAGUCCAGCAGCGACGAGGAGACGCCGCCGGUGCAGCCUGUCGACAGCGAGGAGAAGUUCUUGAUCAAUGACGCGUCGACAGCUAGUGUUGAGGGUGGAUCUUCAAAGAAGAAGUUCCUUCGAAUGGUGGACAAAAUUGCGACGAAUAAGUAUUUCCAGCAGGUGACGGACUACAAGUACAUCAAACGAGCUAUGGAGGGUCUGUCCAACACGGACAUAAAGCUACACGUGGAAGUACACGGACUGGAGGGGAGGCUCGCUAUCAACCUGCCACCGCCGCCACACGACAGAAUAUGGAUCGGUUUCCGAACGAACCCGCAACUAGUACUGAAGGCGCGGCCGGCUUUCGGCGCUCGCACUCUCAAGUUCGCACACAUCACCAACUGGAUCGAACAGAAGCUGCUCAAAGAGUUCGAGAAAGUUCUAGUGCUGCCCAAUAUGGAGGACUUUAUCAUUGACGUCAUGACCCCGACGCCGGUUGACUUUGAGUAGUUCCUUACUGCUUCAGGUAGUGUGGUAAAACUUACAUCAGUAAUUCUUAUAAUUGGUGUUAAGACUAAGUGGUAGAUCUAUUUGGGUCAUCAUACCGUUAGUUGAAAGUAUUACGGAUUGUUAUAUAAGUAUGUACCUGUUACUAUUUGCCCGGCCGCGGCGAAAUAGAAUUUUAGUGCAUUGAACUGUAUUUUCUCCAUUAGAGUCUCUACCGGUAAUAGCGCAUAUGUUAUUGGGAAUAGAUCUAGAUCUAGGUCACAAUUUUUAUAUUGAUCGAGUAUUUAGCAAUUUCAUGUAAAGUUACGCAUCAACCUAAGGCGUAACGUACCGCGAUUCAACUCCAGUCUCAUGUGCCUGCCCAUCAGUGCACUUACGCCUAUACAUUACGAUAUAAUUUAGUAUUAGUUUACAUACAGCCAAGUGGCAUUAUGAGGUCAAUGACCUAAAUUUUCUCUUCUCUGCGACCGGAGUAUUGAGUAGCUUUAGUUGCUUAAAAAUGUCCAAAUAUGUAACUAUUUUAUACUACUAACUUAUUAUUGUAUAUCCAAUGAUAUUAUAUACAUUAAAAAGGACCAUUCUAUAUUUAAAUGACGCGCGCAUGGCGUGGCUCGGUUGUGUCAUAUUUGGGACGCAUUUUGACAGUAGUGUUUGUUUACACAAUGUUUGAUAGUAACAAACGCUGUCUUGUUUUUUUUCAAACUACCUUUUAAUAUUAUCGUUUCAUUGUGCCAGUAUGGUGUGUAAAACAAUUUUGGAAGUUAGUAUAUAUUUAUGGAGUGUAUUACAUAUCUAUAUUAUAAUAUCAUUGAGUAUACCUAUUUUUUGCAAUCCUUCAAAUAUCCAAUCGAUUAUCGUUAAAGUUUGUUAAAUUUAUAACAAAAAUAUACAGCGCCCCUAGCGGCUACUAUAUGAACUAUAUUUGAAGUGGAUUUUGUUAUUGUGAAAAUAUUAUUACUAAUUAUUAUUAUAAUGUAUUAUAGUAGAAAAUUCUAACUACAUUGGCGGAAACAAAGUUUGCCUAUACAUACGUUUCUCACUUACCGAGCCCCGGCAAUAUUAUCAAUACUGCCGGUGACGGACCUACAAUAAUUAUUACUUUUUUUUCGUUUUAUAACUCAUUCAGUGAGCAUCGCAUUUAUAAAAAUAUGUAAAUAUAAUAUAAAUAGACUGUUGUUUUUUUUUUUAAUUUUUUAUUUAGCUUCAUUAGUUUUUUUUAUUUAUAAUAUUAUAAUACGAAUCCAUAUCUUAAUAAAUAAAGGUAUAUCUAUCAAAUUGAAUACAUAAUUAAUAUAUUGGAAGGUAGUUGUUUAGAAAAGAAAUGAGCAUAUUUCAAACAUAGAUCUUAUAAACAGAUAUAGAAAGUAUUUAUUUAUUUAUUACAAAGUAUUAUCUGUUAAGUACGUAUAUUUGAAAUAGCAUGACUGGAUAUCACAUGAGGUGGUCAUGAUACAAGUGGGAGGCUCCUUUGCACCGGAUGUCGGCUAGAUUGUGGGUACCACAACUCCGCCUAUUUCUGCCGUGAAGCAGUAAUGUGUAAGCAUUAUUGUGUUUCAGUCUGAAGGGCGCUGUAGCUAGUGAAAUUACUGGACAAAUGAGACUUGACAUCUUAUGUCUCAAGGUGGCGAGCGCAGUUGUAGUGCCGCUCAGAAUUUUUGGGUUUUCAAUAAUCUUGAGGAGGAACAAGACGAGCAGGACGUUCAGCUGAUGGUAAUUCAUACGCCCUGCCCAUUACAAUGCAGUGCAGCUCAGGAUUCUUGAUAAACCCAAAAAUUCUAGGCUGCACUACAAGUGCGCUCGUCACCUUGAGAUAUAAGAUGUUAAAUCUCACUCGCCCAGUAAUUUCACUAGUUACGGCGUCCUUCAGACCGAAACACAAUAAUGUUUACUGCUUCACGGCAGAAAUAGGCGCCGUUGUGGUACCCAUAAUUUAGCCGGCAUCCUGUGCAAAGCAGCCUCACACAACACAUAACACAGUGUCUUACAAAUCGCGAGUGUAAGCUUGUCACGCACAUUAUUAAACCUGGCCUGUUUUCAUUGGUUGUCUAUAGUCGGUUGUAUACACAGCUAUAGACUCUAUCUAGGCUGAUAAAUACGGCAUGCCUCACGUGCGCUAUUGACUGCCCUUUGACGUGUGGUCUUGAUGAACAAUAAAAAGGCACAGAGCUCUAUAUAUAGCUAUAUUCAGCUAUAUAUAGCUAUAUUCAGCUAUAUAUAGCUAUAUUCAGCUAUAUAUAGCUGAAAAUAGCUAAUGAGAGCCUCAUGUGCUAUUCGGCCAUGUUGCAUCCAAUUGACUUUCUUAGAUAGUAACAUGAUAAAUUUUGUAUUUGUAGUUAUAAAUUUUAAGUCGAAAGCGUAUAUUUUAACAUGACUCUCACUAUUUAUUUUUAAAGAGAAAUCUUCUAAAUACCUGUUUUUAAAACGAGCUUCUCACUAGAACUUAAAAUUCGACAAUAAUUCUAAAUUACAUCGCGCUUCGUGUAUUUUUAAUUCUAUAAAGUUUAUCAUAGUUUCUCAACCUUAUUUUGCUCACCGCCCCCUUUGAGAAUAUGUUUUUUUCUAGAGUAUUUCCGUGUAUUUUUUUGCCUUUUUGGACUAUAUUUUUUAAUCUACCCACGCCCCAUCUGCGCCAUCUCAAUGCCCCCUAAUUUUCUCUGGGUCUUCUACUGCCCCCCCCCCCGCAACUGUGAAAACGCCGAGAAAAAUUGCGGUUGACUGUUAACCUCUAUUUUGAGCAAUGCACGCACACAAACAAAAGUAAUAAACUUGGUCUGUUUUUAUCGGUUGUUUAAACAGCAAGUAACUAGAUGUAUGAAUUAUCAAAGCCAUAAUGUGUUACAAUCUUAAAAUAACAUUAAGUAAGCCAUACCUUUUUUUUACGAAAAUAAGUGACGAGAUGAGCAGGACGUUCAGCUGAUGGUAAUUGAUACGCCCUACCCAUUAGAAUGUAGUGUCGCUAAGGAUUCUUGAAAAACCCAAAUAUUCUGAGCGGCACUACAAUUGCGCUCGUCACGUUGAGACAUAAGAUGUUAAGUCUCAUUUGUUCAGUAAUUUCACCAGCUACGGCGCCCUUAAGACCCAUAAUCUAGCCGGCAUCCUGUGCAAAGGAGCCUCCCACUGGCAUGGUUACUUGCGUGACCAAUUUCGAUUCAUCAGUGUGUGCGUUAGGUAGUGGUUAAUUAAUAGUUAUUCAAAAUACGAAGGAACUAAUGCGAUGUGUGGCUGACUGUUUACGACUUAACAAUCGAAAUCGUUAGCAAUAGAUACGCUUUACUUUUUUAUCUUGCUCUAUCUUUGUUAAAGGUGUUCUUCUAUCUCGGACGUCGUCCUUUGAAUGUCCUAUACUCUUGUGUCCUUACAAAUAAACUUGGUAUUAAGUUAUACCUGAGAAUAUACCAAGAAUAUGCAAAAUGUGUACAAAUAGUCAUUUUGCUUUUUUGGUUUAUUCGGACGUAUAACGUUUUCCGCGUUUAUUUGCAUGGCUGGUAGACAUUUUAGACCAGUACUGAAGCCUUUAAAAAUGAUAAAAAGUGAAAAAAAAAUAAUAGUAGGAUGAAACCCAUUGGAAACGGAAGAGAAUAUAACAAAAUUGAAAACAAAAAAUAAAUUACGUACCAAAAACCUUGGUCUGUUUGUCUAAUUAUAUUAUAUCCAAAUUAUUGCUGCUACGAAAUAACACGAAUGAAUUCUCUAUGAAACGCCUUUUGAUGGGCUUAAAUUUUCCAAACAUUUACCAUUGUAAUUUAUAUUUUUUUACACUAUCGGAAAGUAGAGAUUUUGACGAACAGAAAACAGACCCUGGUCUAUUUGGAAAACUUCAGAAUUAUCAUUGUAUUGACUGUGUUGUCACCGAUAUAGUCAACAUAUUGUAUAUUUUUGGUUUUCAAAAUUUCAUCUGAAAAUAUUUUUAUGAGUGUGAGAUGUAACGAUAGAGUCAUGUGAUCCCUGAUGGUAUGUGAAAUACCGGUUCCCAUUAGAAUUGCCUAGAGUUCUUGAUUGAACCCAAAAUUCGUCACUUUGAGACAUAAGAUGUUAAGUAUCAUUAGCCCAGUAAAUCAUCUUCCGAACCGAAAAAGUAGUGUUUGCAUAUUACGGCUUCACGACAGAAAAAGGCGCCAUUACAGUACCUGCAGCGCCAUCUAGCGGGCAUCCUGUGUGAACAAGUAUUGUAACGAGAUAUAAUAUGUUUCAAUUCAUUAAUGUUUCAUCACUGACCUGUAUUCUGUAUGUACCACUGGACAGGCUGUUCGAUACGUUUGACAGCAAAGUUAUUGUGCCUAUUUGAAGCGCCACUCGCGAGCGUCCAGAGAACUAAUUUUGACAUACUAUAGGCUGCGAAGGAACGUUAUUGUAACCCUGAAGUAUUUUUGCAUUUUGAAUUAUUUCUUUCGUUACCCGUGUUAUUUACACUUCAAGAUCAACGCAAUGAAGUAAAUAAAUAGUUUCCCACCAUCUAUCGAUGUUUGCUGAGGUUGUCAUCACUAGUUUUAGUACCGCAGACUCUCUCUACAUGGCUAACAGCGCCAAAAUGGCGAAUAUCAAACAGGCACAAAAGCACUUUGACAGCCACGAGUAGGUCAGUGAUGUUUCAUUGUUUCGUCUCUCUGAUUAUUAAAAUGUAAUGUAUUGAUAUUUGUCAAAAUAUUUAUAUACAAGAUGAGGUUUCCAAAAUAUUAGUUUAAAUAGUUAAUUCUCGUAAUAAUCAAUAGUAGGUAAAUGAAAAUAUGAGAGAGAUUGUAGAUAUUUGUUUGUUAUUCUAGUAGGUAUAUUAAAACUGUUAGCCGGAACUCCGAUCCAAAACAAAUGUUAUAUUAUGUAAAUAAAUAUUAUUGUACUUUUUAUUAUUUUCGUCGGCGUAAUCGUUCUUGAUUUUGUUAAAAAAAUAAUUUU